AUGUCAUUUUCUACAGACUCCCCACGGGACCCCGAGACCGAUGUCUCGAGCGAAUUCCCUUUUGAUCUCAAGUUUGUCAGUGUUGAAGAUGCUCAAAUGGCAUACCCGCCAUUCAAAAACAACUGCCUGUUCCUCCAUGGUAACCCAACAUCGUCUUAUUCAUGGCGCAACAUCAUUCCGCAUGUGUCUGAACAGGUGCGCUGCGUUGCUCCCGAUCUUGUCGGCAUGGGCGCCUCAUCUAAGCCGUCCAUUUCCUACCGCUUCGCCGAGCAUGCUCAAUAUCUGGGCGGCUUCAUCGACCAAGUCAUACCUGAAGGCAAGUUGAUACUCGUAAUUCAAGACUGGGGCUCGGCUCUUGGAUUUGAUUGGGCCUUUCGUCAUCAAGACCGUGUGGCCGGCCUUGUUUUUAUGGAAUUUAUACGGCCAUUUCCUACCUGGGAUGAUGCCGCGCACAGCAAGGCGCAAGAGACGUUUCGCGCUUUUCGGGACGAGCCCACUGGGCGGAAGCUCAUCAUUGAACAGAACGCCUUCAUCAAUGUUAUGCUUGACCGAGGCUUGGUGCGCAAACUAACUGCCGAGGAAAAGGCCUUCUACGCAAAGCCAUACGAGAAGGAGCCUUUGUUUCGGUGGCCCAAUGAGAUUCCCAUUGAAGGCCACCCGCCUGAUGUAUAUGAGCGAGCAUCAAACUAUCAUGAAUGGCUUCUGGAGACGCAGGUUCCCAAGUUGUUCUUUUGGGCUGUCCCUGGUAGAAUUGUGUCUGCAGAGAAGGCUCAAUGGUACUUGGAUCAUCUAAAAAAUGUCAAGGGUGUUUUUGUUGGAAAAGGCAUGCAUUUCUUGCAAGAGGAUCACCCUCAUCGCAUUGGGACAGAGAUGUCAUCCUGGUUGAACAACUUGUAA